UUUUGUUUACGUCGGACCUCUUCCUUCUCCCUCUUUCUUCUCUCCCAAACGUUUCUCUUUUUCUCUUUCUCUGCUAAUCUCGAACCAAAAACACAUCCUAAUCUGGAUGAAAUAUAGCUCAAUAUAUAUCUCAAAACCCUAAUCACGAGUUAACUAGCAAAGAACCUUGUCUUACCCUUAAAAACAAAAAGAGGGUCAGUGAUUGGAAGAUGAGCAGUAGCGCAAGCCCUAGCAGCAGCUGUGGAGGAGGACCGUGCGGUGCGUGCAAGUUCUUGAGACGUAAGUGCGUUGCCGGCUGCAUAUUCGCGCCCUAUUUCGACUCCGAGCAAGGAGCGGCGCACUUCGCGGCGGUUCACAAGGUUUUCGGAGCAAGCAACGUUUCGAAACUCCUCCAGCAUGUUCCCGAGCACAAACGAGCAGACGCAGUCGUUUCAAUCUGUUUCGAAGCUCAGGCUCGUCUCCGAGACCCUAUCUACGGCUGCGUCUCUCACAUCGUCUCUCUUCAGCAACAGGUGGUGAGUCUGCAAACUGAGCUUUCAUAUGUACAAGCACACUUAGCAACUCUAGAGCUGCCACAACCACCGCCGGCUCCGGUGACUUCUUCUGGAUCUCCGCCGCCUCUGUCCAUAUUAGACCUCCCCACAAUAACACCGUCGUUGUACGAGCUCUCUCCCAUAUUCGAACCGAUGUCUUCCACGUGGACCAUGCAGCAACAACCUCGACCUUUUGAUCAUCUCUUCGACGUCCCGUCAUCGUCCACUAUCGGAGGAAGCAGUGAGCUGCAAGCUCUGGCACGUGAUUUUCUUCACGGGGGGCAAAUUCCAGCUGAUCUGCCACCGCCGGGGACCGGUGGUUCUGCCCCAACUGUGGUAAAGCGAGAAUGAUACUAUUUAUAUGUGUUGGUUAAUUUGGACCUAUACUUAGCCAUAUGUUUCUUCUUGUUAUAUGUAUUUAUACUUGAUCGGAUUCGUAUUUUAA